AUGCUCGCCCGCGCCCUGCUGCUCUGCGCCGCCCUGGCGUUCUGCGGUGCAGCAAAUCCUUGCUGUUCCAACCCAUGCCAGAAUCGAGGUGUAUGUAUGAGCAUAGGAUUUGACCAGUAUAAGUGUGACUGUACCCGAACAGGAUUCUAUGGUGAAAACUGUUCAACACCUGAAUUUCUGACAAAAAUAAAAUUACUCCUGAAACCAACUCCAAACACAGUGCACUACAUACUUACCCAUUUCAAGGGAAUCUGGAACAUUGUCAAUAACAUUUCCUUCCUGCGAAAUAUGAUUAUGAAAUACGUGUUGAUAUCAAGAUCAAAUCUGAUUGACAGCCCACCAACUUAUAAUGCACACUAUGGCUAUAAAAGCUGGGAAGCCUUUUCUAAUCUCUCCUAUUAUACAAGAGCUCUUCCUCCUGUGGCUGACGACUGCCCAACACCCAUGGGUGUGAAAGGGAGGAAAGAGCUUCCUGAUUCAAAAGAAGUUGUGGAAAAAUUACUUCUGAGAAGAAAGUUCAUCCCUGAUCCCCAGGGCACAAAUAUGAUGUUUGCAUUCUUUGCCCAGCACUUCACCCAUCAGUUUUUCAAGACAGAUCAUAAGCGAGGACCAGCUUUCACCAAAGGACUGAACCAUGGGGUGGACCUAAAUCAUGUUUAUGGUGAAUCUUUGGAGAGACAGCAUAAAUUACGUCUUUUCAAGGAUGGAAAAAUGAAAUAUCAGGUAAUUGGUGGAGAGGUGUAUCCUCCAACAGUCAAAGAUACUCAGGUCGAGAUGAUCUACCCUCCUCAUGUUCCUGAACACCUGCAGUUUGCUGUGGGGCAGGAGCUCUUUGGUCUGGUGCCUGGUCUGAUGAUGUACGCCACAAUCUGGCUGCGGGAACACAACAGAGUGUGUGAUGUGCUGAAGCAGGAGCAUCCAGAAUGGGAUGAUGAGCGGUUGUUCCAGACGAGCAGGCUCAUACUGAUAGGAGAAACUAUUAAGAUUGUGAUUGAAGACUAUGUGCAGCACUUGAGUGGCUAUCACUUCAAACUGAAGUUUGACCCAGAGCUACUUUUCAACCAACAAUUCCAGUACCAAAACCGUAUUGCUGCUGAAUUUAACACACUCUACCACUGGCAUCCCCUUCUGCCUGACAGCUUUCAGAUUGGUGACCAAGAGUACAACUAUCAGCAGUUUAUCUACAACAACUCUAUCUUACUAGAACACGGCGUCACCCAGUUUGUUGAAUCAUUCAGCAGGCAAAUUGCUGGGAGGGUUGCUGGUGGUAGGAAUCUGCCAGCUGCAGUACAGACAGUAGCAAAGGCCUCAAUUGACCAGAGCAGAGAGAUGAAAUACCAGUCUUUUAACGAGUACCGCAAACGAUUUCUACUGAAGCCCUAUGAAUCAUUUGAAGAACUUACAGGAGAGAAGGAAAUGGCUGCAGAGUUAGAAGCACUCUAUGGUGACAUUGAUGUCAUGGAACUGUAUCCUGCCCUUCUGGUAGAAAAGCCUCGUCCAGAUGCCAUCUUUGGGGAGACCAUGGUAGAAGCUGGAGCACCAUUCUCCUUGAAAGGACUGAUGGGUAAUCCUAUAUGUUCUCCUGAGUACUGGAAGCCCAGCACUUUUGGUGGAGAAGUAGGUUUUAAAAUCAUCAACACUGCCUCAAUUCAGUCUCUCAUCUGCAAUAAUGUGAAAGGCUGUCCUUUUACCUCAUUCAGUGUUCAAGAUCCACAGCUCACCAAAACAGUCACCAUUAAUGCAAGCUCUUCCCACUCUGGACUAGAUGAUAUCAACCCCACAGUACUACUAAAAGAACGUUCAACUGAACUGUAGAAGCCUAUUGAUCAUAUUUAUUUAUUUAUAUGAACUAUUUCUUUUAACUUAAUUAUUUAAUAUUUAUACUAAGCUCCGUUACUUAACAUCUUCUGUUAAGGAGAAAGGGGUCAUACUUGUGAAGAUUUUCAUGUUGAUUUUAAAGAUGUCUUUUCAAGUUCAAGGGGAAAACAGUUUUCAUUCUUUUGUACAAGCCAAUGGGAAAUGCAUGACAUCUGUUUACUUGAAUUUCAACUUACAAUAAGAACAAAAGCUAAGAUGUUUGAACAUUUAAGUGCUGUUACAAGAUGACGAAAUGCUGCACAUUUGUUUCUACACUAUUGAUAUUUCCAGGAUAUCUUCCAUUUUAUGUGAGAAGCAACUACCUGCUCACUGAUCCUUUUAUGAUCAUCUUUUAGCCAUUUUGCUAAGAGACAUUCUCUUCUGAUCAGUCUGCUUCUUGUAUUUUGCCUUCCUGGUUUUAAGAUCUGAAUUUGUCUUUCUUUAGACUCUGUCUAUAUUUUCUUAUCUGAACUUUUGCAAGUUUUCAGGAAAACCUCAGCUCAGGACUACUAUUUUGUUCCUCUUAAGAGGAAUAAAAGGGAAGAAAAAACUUACAAAGAGCCUUCAUGAAAAGGUAUACAUUCAUUUUAAGUGAAAGGCAGAGAACUUUACAAAUAAUUUUUAACCAUGUGUAACCAAAGAAGCCUUACAGAGGCUAACACCUUAGAACUAUAGGGAGUUCUUGACAGCAAGGAAGUUAUUCCUAUUCUAAUGAAUGUCCUUUCUCAUUUAAAAACAAAACCAAACGCUGAAUAGUUCCCAGGAAGAUAAUGCUUCUUUUCCACAUCUCAUGGUCAGCUGACAUUUUCUGGUACUGUAUAUUAAUUUAAUUUAUUGAGGACUCUUAUUUAUGUUUUAUUAGGAUGGUUAUUGUUAUAAACUGGGUUUAAGGCUGCAAUCAUUGAUUUUUGCAUUAUGUCAGAAUCAAUGUAUCUUUCGGGAUUACCUCUAUAAAUUAUUAUUACUACAAGAUAAAUGAUUGGAUUAAGAUUUGUGAAUAAAUUUUUAGGAAUCCAACUCUGGUAUAUUGAGAUGUAAGGUUGGAAUUUAUGUCUUUAAGGCUUACCUAUACACCAGCCCACAGAGAACAUUGUGUUCCAUUGGCCUGGAUGUGCUGUAAGACUGACAUUUUAUACAUUUUUGAAGGACCUGUGGGUGUUUCAUGAAUUCAUUCAACUGUAACUUUCUGGGGAAGACGGUCUGCAAAGCACUGUGGGUCUUAAUAUUAUCCAGCACUGAUUACAGAUAACAUCAGUAUUUAUGUAAAUAAUUGAAAAGCAUGCCUCUUUGGCAGAGGAAGAAAAUGAAAGUUCAUUAUAGAGAAAUAACUCAGGGGAACUUUUAAGAUUUUGUAUUAAACAUAAAAGGGGUUAUGGUUAAGAAAGUCAGUAGUAGAAGGGCUUGUAUAAAAAACUAUCAACUUCACUGAUUAAAAAAACUGAUUUAAAAAAAUAAAAUAAAAAUAAAAAAACUGAUUUGUUGUUAAUAUCUGACUGAAUCUGGGAAUUUGGAGUAUGUAUUGAAUGCUUUGGUGCCUCAGACAAAUAUAUGAUUAAAUUAAUUUAUGUAAAAUUAAGUUGAAACAAAUGUCUGUUUAUUUUUGUACUAUUUAAGAAUUGAAAAAUCAGUUCUAAAAUAAAUUUUACUUGUUUCUGCA